UUGCUUUCCGACCAACCGACGGCUCUCUUAGUCUCCCCACGAAAUCCAAUCGGCGAAAAGCCCAAGCCCUAACAAUGGCAUUAAAUUCAGCCACCAUGGCGUCGUCUCUCCGGUGCUGCCCUGCCGUCGCGGCAACCCGCGGAAACUUACGCAGGCGCGCCGAUACGCUCCGAGCUGGCCUACCGCUACCGGUAGGCCACAAACUAAACAGUGGAACUUGCUUCAAGCUCUCCUGCGCUCCCCCCACAAACUGGAGCUGCGCCCACGACCUGGACUCUGAUUCAGAACUCAUGCCGCCUUUGCCGUGGUGGGGGGAUGAGCUGCUGGAUGAAGAUGCCGAUUUCUUGCUCCUUGCGGAUUUGUUCCCAGUUGGGCAGGGGAGGAAAGAGCUGGAUGCUAUAUGGCACGCCCUCGUCGCCGGCCCCCUCGAAUCGAUCGUGCUCACGGUGCGUGAGAUCAUGGCCGCCGGCAACUUAUUCCGUUGCCGCAGCUUCCAUGCCGGCACCCUCUCCGGUGCUUUAUUGGUCGUUGCUGGUUUCUGCCAACUAUGCAAAUUGUCACCUGCCCUUUUCAUGGAUAUUGUUCUUGGAUAUAUAUUCUACAAGUUAAGUAUCUUAUCAGGGAAGCUGCAAAGGAGUGGCAGGGCAUUCGACAUAUGUGCACGAAUACAGCUAGUUCUGUUACUUAUAUUAGCUUUCAAGGAUAGCAGUGCUUUUCAGGGCUUCUACGGCUUUCUUGUGGAACAAAUCUGGUGGCUUAAUGUUUAUCUGUAUUCAACGAUGGCCUAUGAUGGAGUCGUCGGUGUGAAGCAUACCAGAGGGUACUGGCUUGGGAUUUACAGAUUACUGCGAGCAAAAGGUGGUCUGAUGAAGGUAUUCAGGGGUACCUUUCAUGAUCUAAUUGAGAAAGCUAGUGUACCAAGACAUCCAAAUGCUCGGAAGAAAUACAAAGUACCAUCAAGAAGACGCAAAUAGAGUGGUCACCUCUUGGCUGGUGGUGGUGCUGUGUUAGAAUCGUUUGAUGUACAAAUUGGUGCUCCUCUAGUGAGAUUGCUUUGCAUGCUUGUGGGUUGGACCUCUGCUUUGUUGGUGAACUGAAUUUAUAGUGCUGUGGCUGCACUAUGAAGAAAAUAACCUGGUCUGCUUUGGAA